GUACUCAGUUGCAGAUUUUACUUCAUUCGAGUCGGUUGUUCGUUUUCCCCCCUUUUUGAUUAAAAAAGUUUAAUAUAGAAAAAUUUUAAAUAAAUUUUUUAACGUUCGGUAACGUUUGUUUUUUAUUAGUAGUUUAAAUAAAAAAUUGCAAUUUUUAUUUGCAACGAGUUCCUGCUAUUUGGAUUAUCCUUCCAAAGAUUACUCACUGUCUGUGGAUUAAUAAAGAAAUAUAUUUUUUAAUUUUCUUACUAAGUUUAACCAAAUAAAUUUUAGCUUUCAAGAUGAUGCUCGUACAACCCACACCUCAACAACGUGUUACCAUUCGCGAAGAAUUGCGUGAACCCGAAAAUGCCGAGGAGAUUGAGCGCGAUAUUAAAUUAAUACGCGAAUGGUUGGACACACAACCUCAUUUGCCCAAAGACAUGGAUGAUGGUCGUUUGCGUACAUUUUUGCGUGGUUGCAAAUUCAGUUUGGAAAAGGUGAAAAAGAAGUUGGACAUGUACUAUACCAUGCGUAAUGCUAUACCCGAGUUCUUUUCAAAUCGUGACAUCAAUCGUGAGGAAUUGUCUAUAGUGUUGGAUUAUGUACACUGCCCUACCUUGCCCGGUUUGACUCCUAACGGUCGCCGCAUUACUUUUAUACGCGGUAUCGAUUGUGAUUUCCAACCCAGCCAAGUAAAUGAUGCCAUGAAAGUUGCCCUUAUGAUUGGUGAUGUUCGUUUGUUGGAGGAGAGCGUCGGCAUUGCCGGUGAUAUUUUCAUUUUGGAUGCUGCCGUUGCCACAGCAACUCACUUUGCCAAAUUCUCUCCUGCUGUUGUUAAGAAAUUCUUGAUUUGUGUUCAAGAAGCUUAUCCCGUUAAGGUUAAAGAAGUUCAUGUCAUUAACAUUUCGCCUCUGGUCGAUACCAUCUUUAAGUUUGUCAAGCCCUUCGUUAAGGAGAAGAUCAUCAAUCGUAUUACCUUCCACAAUGAUAUGGAAAGUUUAUAUAAAUCGGUACCCAAAGAUUUGCUGCCCGAGGAAUAUGGUGGCAAGGCCGGUUCCAUUGUUGAGUUAACUCAAAUGUGGAAAAAGAAAUUGGGUGAAUACACCACCUGGUUUAAGGAACAAGAAGAACAAAAGGCCAAUGAAGCCUUGCGUCCCGGUUCACCCAAGACCAGUGAUGAUCUCUUUGGCAUGGAGGGCACCUUCAGGCAAUUGAAUAUCGAUUAAGCUCGACAUGUAAUUGGGUAGAAAAGCCAUAACGUUAAACUUCGCUUUAGACCUCAGAUAUUUGAGAUUAUACGUACUGCUCUUACGUUUCGUUCGGUGGUUAUUUUUUAUAAUUAUUUUUAUAUUUUAUAAUAUUUUCAAUUGAACAAAAUGUUUCGUUAUCGCUUUUUAUUUAAGAAUAUUCGCAUAGUAUUCGCGAUUAUUUGAACUCAUUUCGUAUUAUAGCUUAAUUUGUGUUUACAUAA